GGCGGUGACGUCACGGCGAUGGCGGCCCCAGCGGCCUGCUCCAAGUGGGACAUCCGGGAGAAGGUGUGGGAGCACCUGGAGGCCUCCGGCCUGGCCGAGUUCCCGCGGCCCGUGCGCGGCCGCAUCCCCAACUUCAAGGGCUCCUCCCAUGCUGCCACCAGGCUGCUGGGCUUGCAGCAAUUCCGGGCUGCCCGUGCAGUAAAAUCCAACCCCGACGCUCCCCAGAGGAACGCCCGCUUCCUGACGCUGCAAGCAAGGAAGACUUUGCUGGUUCCCACACCACGUCUGAGGACUGGGCUGUUCAACAGGAUUGUUCCUCCUCCUGGUGCCAGCAAGGAGAUGCUGAGAAGAUGUGCAACAUCUCAGGGUGUAAAAGACUACAGCGUGCCUGUGGGGCUGGAUGGGAAAGCACAAGUGGACUUGGUUGUUGUGGGAUCAGUGGCUGUCUCUGAAAAAGGCUGGAGAAUUGGCAAAGGAGAAGGUUAUGCAGACAUGGAAUAUGCAAUGAUGGUGUCCAUGGGAGCAGUGCAGGAGGACACACCUGUGGUUACCAUUGUGCACGACUGCCAGGUGCUUGACAUAGCAGAGGAGCUCCUGGGUGAUCACGAUUUAACUGUGGAUUACAUCCUCACUCCAACAAGGACUAUCCAGACUAAUUGCAAACGACCAAAACCUCAGGGAAUAAUGUGGCACAAGGUCAGCUCUGAGAUGCUGGGAAAAAUCCCCAUCCUAAAGACUCUUCGUUGCAGGGAGAAGCAGGCUGGCAAGGAUGUCACCCUCCAAGAUGAACUCCCAGCCCUGGCAAACACCAAGAGAGCAGCAGUUUCAAACAAGAAGGUGAUGGCUGCAAAUCCCCAGGCACAGGCUGCUCCAGGCUCAGCUCCAGUGGGACAGGAAAGUGAUCCUGUAAAUCCCAAAUCAGAGGGAUCUGACACAAUCACCACUGUGUUCGUGGGGAACUUGCCUGGCAGCCUGAGAGUGAGCGAGCUGAAAAGUGCCCUGAGGGAAUUGCAGGUGGUUCCUGUUGGCUUGAAGUGGCAGGGAGCACAGCACAGGGCUUUCCUGGACUACAGGGAUCAGGGAGCUGCACACAGAGCUGUGUCCUCCUUGCAAGGCCUGAGCCUUGGGGGCAACGCUCUGAGAGUGGAGCUGGCCAAAAGCCAGAGGAACAAAGGGCAAGGAGGAACCAAUAGUCACAAAUGAGUAUGGAGGAGAAAAAAAAAAAAAACACAAAAAAAAAGGUGUUUUCACUGUUUUGUGAGAAGCCAACCUGAAGUUUAAAGGUUUUUUUGUAACCCUCAGGUUUAACAAAAUCAAAUUUCUGCACAAACUCUCCUCACUUCUGCACUCAGACAUGCAAAGGUUUAUCCCCACAGGUGACAGAGGAGCCAUUUCUCUAUAAAUAAUUGCCCACAAAGUACCCACACUCUGGUUUUGGUGCUGUUUGGUGUUUUUGUUAAGCCUUAAAAGCUUAAAGCUUAAAGCCCUGCCCCUUAGCACCUGCAGCAAGGUGGCUCCAGUCAGUCAUUAAGGUUAGACCUGCCCCUUUAGACCUGUCAGGUUAAAAGCCAGCAGCAGGAAAUCUGUCCUAAGGGUGACAAUUCUCUUUACUGAAAAAUGGGCUUUGCCUGUUGGAAGUUUUCAAUUUAUUUUUUAUAAAAAUGACCAGGGAGAGAGAGA